AUGUUCAAAGUCACUCAGAAGUUGAGUGGUAAUGUUCAUGAUUAUUUAACGUACAAUAAAGCGUUUAGAGGUGAAAUUUCUUUAUGUCUGAGACUUUUCACCAAACUAUAUAUAUCCGUUACAAGUUUCUCAAUCAAGGUCAAACAAAUAGUUGAUGCCCCGUGGUUCGUCAGUAACAAGACGAUACAUGACGAUCUGAAUACUUUAUAUAUCGAGGAAGUAAUAAGAAACUUCAGUGUCCACCACUUUCAAAAACUAGAAGCCCAUCCAAAUAAAAUAGUUGCACAACUGCGUGAAAUGCCACAUUCCAGGAGGCUCAAGCAAGCAUCAUUCAUUACUGUGAAUGAUCCGGCAAUUAAAAUUGAGCCACCAGAAUAUUUAGAAGAAGAAAUUAAACGCGAAAUUGGGGAUGAAAUGGAUGAUCUUGAUGAUAUUGUUAAAUCUGAAUCGUAUACUGAGGAUGAUAAAACCUGUUUAGAAAGAUUCAUGAAUUCCGAGGUAACUAUCGAAGAAGAAGUCAAACAGGAAUUAUUUGAGACAUCAGCUUAUAAAUGUGACAUUUGUAAUCGAUCAUUUGCAGAAACAAAUCAAUUAAAAGAGCAUAUGGUCGAUCAUAAGCCUAGUAAUAGCAAAGAACGCCCAUUCAAAUGCGACAUCUGUCUCAAGACUUACAAACGAAAAAGUCAUCUGAAAAGUCACAUGAUUAUUCACAGCGGUGAACGCCCCCAUGAAUGCACUACAUGUAAUAAGAAAUUCAAAGUAUUAAGUACUCUCAAAAGUCACAUGCUCAUUCACAGUCUUGAUCGCGCCUAUCAAUGCAAUAUAUGCAAAAAGAAAUUCGCACAAUUAAAUGGUCUAAAAAAUCACAUGCUCAUUCACAGUGGUGAGCGCCCCCAUCAAUGCAAUAUAUGCAAUAAGACAUUUGCACAAUUAAGUACUUUGAAAAAUCACAAUCUAAUUCACAGUGGUGAGCGCCCCUAUAAAUGCAAUAUAUGCAAUAAGACAUUCACGCAAUUAAGUACUCUGAAAAAACACAACCUAAUUCACAGUGAUGAGCGUCCUUAUAAAUGCAUUAUAUGCAAUAAGUCAUUCACACAAGUAAGUACUCUGAAAAGUCACAACCUAAUUCACAGUGGUGAGCGCCCCCAUCAAUGCAAGAUAUGCAAUAAGGCAUUCACAGAAUUAAGUACUCUGAAAAAACACAACCUAAUUCACAGUGGUGAGCGUCCUUUUAAAUGCAUUAUAUGCAAUAAGUCAUUCACACGAGUAAGUACUCUGAAAAGUCACAACCUAAUUCACAUUGGUGAGCGCCCCCAUGAAUGCAGUUUAUGCAAUAAGUCAUUCACAACAUUAUAUAGUUUGAAAAGUCACAUGCUUUCUCAUACCGGAGAGCGUGCCUAUAAAUGUGAAACAUGCAAUAAAAGAUUUGGUUGUUCGAGAAAUUUGAGGAGACACAUGUUAAUUCAUAGUCAGAAGCGAGAUGAAAAUAAGUGA